AACGAAGCGUGCUCACGGUCGCAAGUAUUUACAUAUAAUCGUGUUUUUUCCUCACUAUUUCGGUUGUAGAGCGAAUAUAUUGGUUUGCCGCUAGCCAAUUAUGGUUCAGCCACAACAAAAGCUGCCCAUCGUUCCGCAGCCAACUUACUUUGCUGUAGGUCCCCAGCCGCAUGAGGUCACCUGUCCCUAUUGUAAGGCGACGGCUAAGACCGUGAUGCAGCGUCCAAUACUGCGCUGCUUUAGUCGACGUCAUUACUGUUCCGAGUGCGGUGAAUAUUUGGGCACAUAUCGGCGGCCGCAACUUUGAGUUGAUUUCGGGCCAUCUAUUGGAUUGUAAACAACUAAAUUUGAUAUUUAUGUCUGUGUGUAACUUUUUAUAUUUAUGUAUGUAUGUACUUGCAUACUUUUAAGUUUUUCUCAAUACUUAACACAAUUUUCUGAAUAUACAUUUUAAAUAAUAAUGAAUAAAUGUAAACAAAAAUCGCAUUU